AUGGCGCUUGCGGUCACCAUGGCCUCCGCUGGCAUCCCUCCGGCUCCCUGCGACACGGCCACAUAUGACGGUGAGGCGCAGCUCACCUUCCGCUGCAUUCGUUCUCAGAAGAUCCACGAGUACAACACACGCCGUUUGAACAAGCUUGCCACCAAGCUCGCUUCCCAGCUGUCAUCCACAUGCGGCCUUGCCCAGUGCGACCUGAAGUCUGCUGCUGGGUCUGACAUCACCCCCGUGUCUGGCCUGGAUGAUACCAUUCGCGUCGCUGUCAAGAAUGAAACUGUUGUCCAAGGCAUCGAGGCCUGCUUGGACGCCAACGAGAUCGAAUUUAUGCAGUGCAAGCUGCAGCAGGUUGCAUAUGUGGCUGCAGGAGACGCCGGCGUUUGCGACGGUACGACCUACACAACAGCUGCCGUGAUGACAACCAAGUGUCUUCGUGGGCAGCAGCUGGACCAGUUUACAGACGCUCACCUCGACAGGUUCUCACAGCAGCUGCGCGGCGCCAUUCAGAACGACUGUGGCCUUGACGAAUGUGCACUGUCGCUCAAGGACGGAUCUGCGGUGACGCCCAUGUCCAGUAACGAGUUUUCUGUUGCCGCCAGGGACAACGCGUCAUACGCGUUGUGGAAGGUACAACAACAACAACAACAACAACCACAACAACGACGACGACGACAACGACAACGACGACGACAACGACGACGACGACGACAACCACCACCACCACCACAACAACAACAACAACAACAACAACAACAACAACAACAACAACAACAACAACAACAACAACAACAACAACAACAACAACAACAACAACAACAACAACAACAACAACAACAACAACAACAACAACAACAACAACACAGCACACCUGUGGCGUCCUUGUUUGAAUCAAUCUAUGGUGAUGGCCUUCGACUGACGAUUGAUGGCGGUGCACCUGUUGGUACGGAGGUCAAGUGUGCUGGUUACUCCGAUGUGCCCGACAACCAAUACGACAAUAUCCUAGACAGUGCAGCGGCGUUCUGGUCUCUAUCCACUAUUCCGAGUCGACAAUUCUUCUUUGUGUUCUUGGACGACGCGACUGGCGUGACGCAGACUUUCGUAGAAAGUGGAAUCAACGGCACAUUCACUCACGGCUGCAGCGCACGGCUGAAAGGCUCUGGUGCUGAAUGCCCUGUCGUGUUGUCAAACCCAGCGUCCACCAACCCCACGUGCUUCCCUGGCUGGGCCGAGGUGAUUCUGGAGAGCGGCGAGCGUGUGCAGCUGCGGAACUUGAAGACUGGCGACCGCGUGCUUUGUCUGCAGGCAUCGGCCGGUAACGCCCUCGGCUACUGCGAGCUCAAGACCUUCCAGCACGUGGAGCUGAACGGUACCACCACAUCUGUCGAGCUGCACUACACGGAUAAGGACGGCAACCCUGCGCUGAUGUCGGCAACACCGGACCACUUUGUGUUCCGCGCGGACGAGGAUGUGCACGUCGCUGACGGCGUGACGAUGCAGCCUGCAGGCGAGUUUAUCUUCACUGGCGACUUUGCUGUUGGCGACCGCCUGCUGCGCUACGACGCCGACAUCGGUGUCAUGUACACGGUCACCAUCACGGACAUCACCUUUACAACCGAGCCGGACUACUACACGCCGCUGACCGAUGAUGGGUCCACCCUGUUUGUGGAGGACGUGUUUGUGUCCUCGUUUGCGAUUUUGGAGAGCCCCGAUGUCAUCCGCCUGGUGCUGGCGCCCAUCUGGCAGAACGACGACGCACGCUUCACAGAGCCGACGGCAGGCAAGGACUUCCCCGAGGGUCUGCAUCCGUUCACGACGCAGCUGUACUCCACCUUCCUCGCCGCUGAGAUGAACGGCCAGACGAUUGAUGUUGAGGGCAUGGCCACCGCCAUCGCCCAGCAGCUCGCCAUCGGUCACGUCUUCACGCAGCAGGAGAUGCUCCAGCUCAUCCCAGACUACAUCAACUGA